ACUUUUCCAUCCUCUGUCACUCUAGAAAAAAUCCAUAAUGUGUACUCGCAAUGAUGCAGCAGUCCUGCAUGCCCUUUUCAACCCUAAUGUCCCUUUUGGUGACAUUAAUGAACAGAAUGAAGAAAACCUACAAGAGAACGCAAAUCAAGAUUGCAGUUUCCCACCUGCUUUACUAGAAGAGGUACGGAAUCUGGAACUGCUUGGUGUUCAAGCUGCAGAAUCUGGAGAUCUGAUAACAGCUGUGCAAAAAUUUAGUAAGGCUGUGGAGCUUCUUCCUGAUCGAGCAUCUGCAUACAACAACCGUGCACAAGUGCUACGCCUACAGGGAGACAUUACUGGUGCCCUUGGGAAUCUGAAUCGUGCAUUGGAGCUGAGUGGAGGGAAAGGGAUUGUAGCCCGCCAGGCUCUGGUUCAGCAUGGACUAAUUCUCAGAUUAAAUGGAAAUGAAGAAGAAGCUAAGAAUGAUUUUCUUCAAGCAGCCGAACAAGGCAGUGAUUUUGCUAAACAGCAGUUAGUUUUGCUCAACCCAUAUGCUGCACUUUGUAACAGAAUGCUCAGGGACAUGAUACAAAACUUGCAUGUGCCAAACCCAUAGGAGUUCUUAGUUACAUAGUCAACUUGAAGUUCAACCAAAACAAAAACGAAACAUCCAGUUAAUACUUUUAGAAAAAGCCCCCCCAAAAAAAUCACCCACAGUGUGGCACAAUUUGCUUUAUUAGGGAAAACAUUUUACUUCCUAUUGCAAGUUGUAUACUGCCCUGGAUCUUCAUUCUGCAGUAUUAUUUCAUUUUUUUUUUUUUUUACUAUUCGGUUACUAUUUUUAAUUCUUUGUUGAGCUUUAGAAGGUUUAUAAAAAAGGAAAUGUGUCUGCGGUAUUAUGUCUUAUAAAUAUUAAUAGCCAUUUAUGCAUUUAGAAGCAUUUCCAGCUCUUUUCUAAACAGGCUACUAAAUGAGACUUUCAAAGUUUAUUGCACAGUCAACCCCUUUUGUAUGCGGAGGUUAAACCACUUUUCCUCUAGUAGCAAACUCUAUCUUUUUCUCUUUUGCAGUGACCUUAAAGUAAACAAAGUUCAGCUGGACUUUAUGGACCACAUAUGUAUUCAACCAAUAGGACUAUACCCACCCCAUUGAAGCUUACACAGGGUCAAGGCCUUUCCCUGCCCUCUUGUGACUGGGCUAAGCGGCCAAUUGCCUAUACCUAAGGGGUUUCACGUGGAAGGAAGGGGGUAAAGUCACAUACACCCCCCAAAAGUAGCAGGAAUCCAAUGAUGAAAAAAGCAUCCAAGAGGCUCUGGGACUUUGAUGGGUACCCUAACAGGUUCCUAGAAAAGAACAGUCCAAAUUAAUUUAUUAGGUUGUACUAUCAAACAGCCCACACGUUUUGGGGUCAGAAAACAAUUCCCCUUUUAUUAGGGCUUCAGUUAAAAUAAGAACCUUUAAUGAACUCAAAAUAGAAAUUCCUUGGGUGAAUCUGUGGAUGAAAGCUAAAUACUGGAUCAGGAGAGUUAUUGGCCAUCAGUAUCUGCAUGAGCAAUCAAGGUAAGAAGCUAGAAGUAGCAGGUCAGGCACUUAAAGCGGAGCUAAACCCUCCUAUCAUUUUCAGCUAAGGAAGCUGCCAUCUUGGCCUCUGUUUAAUCUUCAACUGCUAUGAUGCGGCACAUGUGAUCAGUUAUGACACCAGCAUUUGAUGGUUUGACAGUCUCUGUCCUGGGUCCAGUUCUAUUUAAUCUAUAUGUACAUGAUAGAACUAAAGGUUUGUGGGGCAAGGUAUGUAUUUUUGCUGAUGACACAAAUGUGUGUAGUAGGGAAGAUAUUCUAUUGAACAAACCGUACAUCAGGCAAGACAAGGAAUAGCAGUGACGUCUUGGCACUGAUGGAGAGUGUCUGAAUUAUGUUAUUCCAAUAUGCCUGUGUAACUUAUCUUUGCUGUAAGUAGAUUUGCUAUUAAACUCUUGUGCUUUUAAUUGAA